UAUGUGUUGGCUGGGUCUCCUGGUGGUGCUGGSCCUGACCCCAUGGACCCUGGCACAGUUUCCCAGAGAAUGUGUCACCUCAGUGGGGCUACGSAGCGGCCAGUGCUGCCCCUCUCCCGCUGGAGCCCUGGGUGACGAGUGUGGUUCUGCCACAGGGAGGGGUCAGUGUGUGUCCGUAGCUGCCGACAGCCACCGCCACGGCCCCCAGUACCCACAUGAUGGCCGGGACGACCGGGAGCGCUGGCCGUUAAGGUUCUUUAACCGGACGUGCCGGUGUAACGGGAACUUUGCGGGRUAUAACUGUGGCCGGUGCCGACAUGGACUCACCGGACCUAACUGUGAUCAGAGGAWAUCUGUGGUCAGGAGGAAUGUGAUGCAGAUGAGUUCAGCAGAGAAGCAGGUGUUUGUGAACUCUCUGGACCAGGCCAAGAGGACCGUCCACCCUGACCUGGUCAUCUGCACACGACGUUACCAGGAAGUGUAUGGUCCGGACGGUAACCCUCAGUUUGACAACAUCACCAUCUAUAACUACUUUGUGUGGACACACUACUACUCUGUCAGCAAACCUACAUGGGGGCGGGGGCAGGCUAGCUUUGGGGCCGUGGACUUUUCACGAAGGACAGGAUUCGUCACCUGGCACAGGUUCCACCUGCUGCAGCUGGAGAGAGAUAUGCAGGACAUGCUGGGUUGAUGCCACCUUGCCCUCCCCUACUGGAACUUUGCCAUCGGCAGCAGUGAGUGUGACGUGUGUACUGACGACCUCCUAGGAGCCAGGUCUGCCUUCGAUAUGAACAGCCUCAGCCCCAACUCUGUCUUCUCCCAGUGGAGCUACAGUGCCCCUCAGGGUGGUUAUGACCCAGUGGUGCGCAGCCUCCAUAACCUGGCUCACCUGUUCCUCAACGGGACGGGAGGGCAGACACACCUGUCCCCUAACGACCCCAUCUUUGUCCUGCUCCACACCUUCACUGACGCCAUCUUUGAUGAGUGGCUGAGCCGACACGCCCCAGGGGAGGCAGCGUACCACGAGCGAGGAUGACUCCUAUUGGUCCACAACAGACAGUUCAACAUGGUUCCCUUCUGGCCCCCCGUCACCAACGCUGAGAUGUUCGUCACAGCCCCCGAGAACCUGGGAUACGCCUACGAGGUCACAUGGCCCACUCGCCCCUACACGCUGUCUGAGAUCAUCACCAUAGCGAUCGUCGCCGCGGUGCUGGUGGCUGCGGUGGUGUCGGGGGUCAUCGCCUGUGCCAUGCGUGCUCGCGCUUUCCGCUCGGCUGAGACUGGAGCCGUUCUAGGGGAGACCUUCCGCCGCUACUCGGAGGACGACAGACGGACGGACAAGAGCCAGUCUGUAGUGUAGAAGUUCAAGAGUGCGUCUCAACCGGCACCCUAUUCCCUAUGUAGUGCACUACUUUUGACCAGGGACCAUAGCCUA